GUGUAUGCAUGCAUCCAAGCCAGUGGAUUGGGGGCACUAAGAGGCCUGCCAGCCAGCUUAAGAGACUGUAGCUUUCUGUCUUUGCGCUUUCGUUUCUUCUCCCUCCUUCUGUAUCUGGCAUCCUUUGAACCUCUCGCCUUCGAAGGUCGUUGUUCGCUCGUUUGAUCGUUCCUUCGUUCCUGCGUUCCUUGGUUCCUUGGGUCGUCCAUUGGAUUGGUGUGUGUGUGUAUAUGUGCGCGGUUGGUGCGGUUUUAGUGUGGUGCCAUUCGUGGGACCAAGAGAUCGGGCCAGAUCAAGAUUGAUUGUGUUGAUUGCUUAAGUGGGUUGUGUUUAGCGCGCGCUCCUUGGUCGGGUUCCAAAGUUCUCGAGUUCCAGAGUGCCCUUCAAGGCUCCUGUGGAUGUGGUGUGUCGCGUGGUUGUUCUGUCGGCUGUGACUGGGUGCCUGCCUGCCCUGUGUGUGGGGCCAUUAUUACCUGUCUGUCAUCCGUCCUUUACUAUAUUCCUCCAUUCCUCCAUCUUCCCCAUCCAUGGUCCGUCAUCCCGGUUCUAGUUCCUAACCAUUCUAUUUCCUCCCAAGAUCGAGUGGCAGCCCAACACACCCAUCCAUUCAUCCGCCCAUACCUGAUCGACCGUGGGCGGGCUGCUCACGCUCACUACCAUCGCCUUCGAGUCCAUUGACUUGGGAUUCUUGGGAUUCAUUUCUUGGUCUCCAGAUAUAACCUCGAAAUUGAUCCCAUGAUGAAGGACGGCUAUCACCGUAUAGAGCUAAAUAAGACGGCUUGGGAGGUGCCGGAGCGAUACCAAAGUCUAUCGCCCGUGGGAUCUGGUGCUUAUGGACAGGUUUGCUCUGCCUCCGAUUCCCAGAGACGAUUAAAAGACGGAACUUUGACGAAGGUGGCCAUUAAGAAGCUGGCCAGGCCUUUUCAAUCUGCGAUUCACGCCAAACGAACCUAUCGCGAGCUUCGGAUGCUAAAGCAUAUGAACCAUGAGAAUAUCAUCGGGUUGCUUGAUGUGUUCACGCCCUCACGGACUCUCUCCGAAUUCUCGGAUGUCUAUCUGGUCACUCAUCUGAUGGGUGCCGAUCUAAACAACAUCGUGAAAACGCAGAAACUCUCGGAUGAUCACGUUCAGUUCUUGGUGUAUCAAAUUCUUCGUGGCAUGAAAUACGUUCAUUCAGCCGGCAUUAUUCACAGAGACUUGAAGCCCUCCAAUAUCGCCGUGAACGAGGAUUGCGAGCUUAAAAUCCUGGACUUUGGUCUAGCUCGACCCACGGAGAAUGAGAUGACCGGUUAUGUGGCCACCAGAUGGUACCGAGCGCCCGAAAUCAUGCUCAAUUGGAUGCACUACCACCAAACGGUGGAUAUGUGGUCUGUUGGAUGCAUAAUGGCAGAAAUGCUCACAGGAAAAACGCUUUUCCCAGGAACUGACCAUAUUGAUCAAUUGACUCGCAUCAUGAUGGUGGUUGGUACUCCAGACGAGAAAUUGCUGGCCAAACUUCUUUCUGAAGAGGCCCGGAACUACAUCACGUCGCUACAUAAGAUGGAAAAGAAGAACUUCCAUGAUUAUUUUCGAGGAGCAAAUCCAUUAGCCAUUGACUUGUUAGAGAAGAUGCUUGAGCUGGAUGCGGAUAAACGGAUUUCAGCUGAGCAUGCCUUGGCCCAUCCGUACUUGGCGCAAUACGCAGAUCCAUCCGAUGAACCUUCGUCCUUGCCCUACGAUCAGACGUUUGAAGACUUUGAUAUCUCCGUGGAGCAAUGGAAAGAAUACGUUUGGAAUGAGGUGCAAAACUUCCGGCCACCACCCUAUUGUGCGGCCUCUUAGACUUUUAAAACUUGUGUAAGCGACCUCUUUUGCCUUAUGAACUCAUUAACAACAACAAAUGAUGAAGCCAUCGACACCACUCGACAACCAAUUAAGUUAGCGUCUUAUGAUGAACUCAUUUAACAUCUUUUAUGGCCUUGCCAGCCCCCAAAUAUGUUACCUUGUUUUAUUGACCCAAAUUUUAUCAAAGCCAACGCCGUCACACCUAAAGCACAUCUGAUUAACAAAAAACAACUAGAUCCCCAUGAUUUUUUACUGGCACCUCGUUAAGUGUGUUUCUUCGAUCAACUGCAAUCAAAACUGAUAUGAUUCAAUUGUGUUCAGUAGACACUCGGAUUGUCUUCAUAAUGAGCUUCAAGACCUCACAAGACACCCCCUCCCCCUCCCCCCCUCUAUUACCGUUUAAAGAACCCUAACGAACGUCACAUUGAUUGAUUCAUACAAAUAAUUAUUCUAUCACCAAUGUACCAAUGAUAACCAAAACAAAGUGUUAAUAAUAAAUAAACACAUAUAUUUAACUGCA